AUGCCAAGGUUUCAAAACACACACAAAGCAGAAUCUCCAUAUAAACCACGCACACCAGAAACAUCAAGAGAACGUUGGCACCGCCGUUCAAAGUAUUUUGCUCAAGGAAAUACGUUAGACAAGCAGCGCGCAUCCGAAGUUCUUAAGAAGCGAAUGUCCAAAAUCGAGAAAGACAUUCAGAAAAACCAAAACCCUAAUAGUCCCAUGAACAGAUUCUUGCGUGGAGAGUUUGACGAUCAAUUGGACGACGAAGACAACAUAGGCUUCAAAAAAAUGAUGGAAAAAGACUCAGCACCUCGUCGUUCGGCAAAAGAAAUAUCGCGGCCAAUGUCUCUUCUAGAAGCCAAACAGAAGCGCCGUGAGUUAGAAAAAGAGCGUCAGAUGAAGAAAGAAGAAGACCAAAAGCGUCGUGAAGAAAAUGCUAAGCGUCGCGAAGAGAAACUCGCAAAGAAAAAAGAAUUUCAUAAACACACGAAAAAAGGUCAAAUUAUUAUGAACAACUACGCCAACAAGUUAUUGACUGACAUCCAGAGUAAAAAGUGA